AUGAGUCUUAACUUCAUCCCAGGCAGCCCGGUGGUGGUGGCUGCCAUUGUCAUCGCCAUCUUCUCCGGCCUUUAUCGAUUACUCCAGGUUGGGAGGCGUGAUCCGCGCAUGCCGCCUGGCCCUCCUACUCUUCCGGUCCUGGGAAAUAUCCAUCAGAUCCCACGCACAGGUUUAUUCAAGCAAUUCCGAGAGUGGGCCAAGCAAUAUGGCUCGGUGUAUUCCCUGAAGAUGGGGCCGGCCAACGUGAUUGUCCUUUGCGACCGAAGGGCGGUGCACGAUCUUUUGGACAAGAAGAGCAAGAUUUACUCGGAUCGCCCUGAGUCGUACGUCGGAGACUUGCUGAGCCAUGGCGAUCACAUUGUCGUCGCCUCUGCAACCGCUGAGUGGAGAGAGAAGCGGAAGGUGGUUGCUCACAACUUCUCUCCUAAGAUGCUCGAUGAGAAGCACUUCAAAGUGCAGGAAGCCGAAGCCACCGUCUUGAUGGAGAACUUGCUCGACGACCCGGAGGAUUUCGUCAAGCUCGUCAGAAGAUACACUGCUUCUGCUGCCAGCUGUAUUGUAUUUGGACAACGGGCGGACAAGUACGAGGACUUCUGGGGUCAUACCGUGUACGAAGUCAUGGAACACUUUUCCUCCGUCAUGGAGCCAGGUUCAAGCCCGCCGGUCGAGAUCUUCCCCGUUUUGAAAUGGAUUCCAGAAAGUAUGGCACUGUGGAAGAGACGAGCUAUGGAUGCCCGCCGAAGCAUGGAUGCUGCGUGGGGUGAGGCCAGGGCACGGGUCGAGGCCCGCCGAGCCAAAGGAAUCCAGCGAGACUGUAUCAUCGACCAUCUUUUGGACGAGUACAACGAGAAAGGCUGGCCAUUUUCGCAGCACGCUUUCAACAAUCUCAUGGGUGAGUUGGUAGAAGGCGCGGCAGACACCACGGCAUCACAGAUUUGCACUCUCAUCAUGGCUUUUGCGCUCCAUCCCGAAGUCCAGGUGAAAGCACGCAAGGAAAUCGACGCAGUCUGCGGAACCGACAGAUCCCCGCGCUGGACCGACUUUGCCGAGAUACCCUACGUGAAUGCCAUUGUCAAGGAAGGGAUGCGAUGGCGUCCUACCUCCCCGACCGCAAUUCCCCAUCUCCUGAAACAAGAUGAUUGGUAUAAUGGCAUGCUAUUUCCCAAGGGGUCGAUCAUCUACCUGGCAUCUUGGGCAAUCCAUCACGACGAGAACAUCUACAAGGGCGAAGACGACUUCAAUCCUGACCGCUAUAUUGGCUACACCCGGCUUGCCAACGACUAUGCUGGCAGCCCCGAUUGGGAACAUAGGGAUCAUUUUGGCUAUGGAGCAGGGCGGCGAAUCUGCCCCGGCAUUCAUCUCGCGGAGCGGAACAUGUGGCGGAUUGCGGCGAAAUUGCUCUGGGCUUUCGAAUUCUCUCAGGCUAUUGAUCCACAAACUCAGCAGCCCAUACCUAUCGACACUCAUGCCUACACCCCAGGGACUGCCCAAUUUCCGUUGCCGUUCCAGGUCCAGAUCAAGCCACGGAGCCAAGAACAUAUUCAGCGGAUCAUCAGCGAGAAGAACAACGCCCUCGAUUUCUUGACCCUGUAUCGCUAG